GGCUGGCGGAGCCGAGCCGAGCCGAGCGGAGCGGAGCGAGCCAUGGCCGCGGAGGCGCUGCUGGCGGGUGCGGCGCUGCUGCUGGGGCUCUACGCGCUGUUCUACUACAACUUCCUCGCGGCCACCCGCUGCCGGAACGCGGUCGGCCUGCGGGGCAAGACGGUGCUCGUCACGGGUGGAAAUUCAGGGAUUGGGAAAGCCACUGCCGUGGACCUGGCCCGCAGAGGAGCUCGUGUCAUUCUGGCUUGCCGCAGCAGAGCAAGAGGAGAAUCAGCUGUGUACGACAUCAGAUGGGAAAGUGGGAACAAUGAGGUGGUCCUCAUGAUCUUGGACCUGGCCAACCUGAACUCUGUGCGCGCUUUUGCAGAGAUGUUCCUGAGCUGCGAGCCGCGUCUGGACAUGCUCAUCAACAACGCAGGUAUCUUUGGCGAUGGUCAAACCGACGAUGGCUUUGACCAGGCGUUCCAGAUCAAUCACUUGGCUCACUUCCUCCUGACCCACCUCCUCUUGGGCCGGCUGAAGCGCUGUGCCCCUAGCCGGAUCGUAGUCGUGGCCUCUGACGCGUAUCAGUUCGGGAAGAUAGACUUUCAGAACAUCCACAAGCCGACAGAGGGGAAGUGGAAGGCCUUUAAAGCUUACUGCCACAGCAAGCUAGCCAACAUCCUGUAUGUCCGGGAGUUAGCCAACCGGCUGGAAGGCUCCAACGUGACCUGCUAUGCGCUUCAUCCAGGACCUGUUAACACUAAUAUUGCUCGCACCUUGCCAUGGUGGCUGAAGAAGCUUUUUUGGUUCAUCAAGCCCUUCCUGAGAGACCCUAAUGAUGGAGCUCAGACCAGCAUCUACUGUGCCACCGAGGAAGGCAUUGAAAGGCUCAGCGGGCGGUAUUUUAUAGACUGCCAGCCCCAGGUGCCCUGGAAGCAGGCCCGCGAUGACCACGUGGCCAAGCAGCUCUGGGAAUUCAGCGAGAGACUGCUGGGACUAGCUGCUUAGAGGGGGCUCCUCUUGCGGGGGGUGCAGAUGGUGGUGGCAGCUGAAAGAGGCUUCAGAUGAAGCUGUGAGAUCCAACUGCAGGGAGUCGGAGAACCACCCAGAAGUUGAGGUGUGUGUGAUACGAGCGUUUAAUUCCCCUGAAGUUUAAACACUGGAAACCAUUUAAGCGUUUGUUGCUGUGAGCUGCCCAGAGCUUGGCUUUAAGAUGGGCGGCCAUACGAGCCUUUUAAAUAAACAAACAUACCCCAUCAA